AGUCGCUUUUCCUGACCAGGGGGAGACCUGAGAUCACCAAAGGAACUGAACAAAGUCCCUUUGAGUUCUGUAAUAUGUGGAGAAGGCUACUCGCUUCGCAGUUUAAAUCUCUAUCUGCACUGCCGUGCCGAUCCGCUUCUAAAACGGCGCCGCUUCCAUUCAAAUCUCACAUUUCUCCUUCCUCUUCUGCUUCUCUCCUCGUUCGCCAUUUCUCCGCCGAGUCAGCGGAUACUUCUGUGAAGAAAAAAGUUGAGGAUGUAAUGCCUAUCGCUACUGGUCAUGAGCGCGAGGAGCUUGAGUCCGAGCUCCAGGGAAAGAAAAUCCUUGAAGAUGUGAACAAUCCUGUAGGUCCCUUUGGCACAAAGGAAGCUCCUGCUGUUGUCAAAUCCUACUAUGACAAGAGAAUAGUUGGAUGCCCAGGAGGUGAAGGCGAGGAUGAGCAUGAUGUGGUCUGGUUCUGGCUGGAGAAAGGCAAGCCACAUGAGUGUCCAGUUUGCUCGCAGUAUUUUGUGCUGGAAGUUGUGGGACCUGGAGGACCUCCAGAUGGACAUGGCGAUGAUGAUCAUCACUAAAUCCAGCUUUCGGUUUUUUCCUGUUGGAAUAAAAUUGCAGAAGAUGAUGGAAUGAUGUUCCAAUAAACAAUGCACCUUCAAUGUUGAGAAAGCAUUUUUAUGAUUCGUUUGGUUUUGAGACGGUACUCGUUUUUCUUCUAAUGCUACUUUAGACUGAUACACAGGUAUGAGAUGAUCUUAGUUAACUUGAAGUGCAUCAGCAAAUAAAUAAAUCUGCAUCUUUUCCCAUUC